CACUCUCCUCUCCCCUUCUUCCUCUUUUUUUCUACUACUAAAAAAAUACUCCUCCUCCUCCUCCUCCUCCGCCUAUACUAUACUAAACUAGUGCCAAAUUGCUCCCGCAUUCCCUUCCCCUUCCUCCUGCAUUUCCGUCCCAUCGGCGGCCCUCUCCCACCCUCGUGGCGACGGCCAGGCGACCGCAGCCGCCGCCGAGGUCAUCGCCAGCGACCACCGCUCCACCGGGUACAACAGAUUUAUGCUUGGAACUUCUGCAGAAAAGCACACAACAGUAAUGGGGCACGACCAUAUUUCUCGUAUAAAGAUGCAUAUGGCAGAAGGUUCUUUUGGUGACAGGAACCGGUGCCAGCAACCCGGGUGCAAUGAGGUUGUCGAUGGAAGGGUAGUGUACUGCAAAACUCACAGUGGGGAGUUUUCAUGCCAACAGUUCAGUCACCUCCACAGCGGAAUGGAGAGCUCAGGUUUAUCGGUGCCCCAUGUUAAUGACAACCAGUUCAAGGGAUCUAUUUCCAUUGCAGUGCCAUGCACUGAGCAAGAGUUACAUGUCAAGCAUGAAGGGAAUGAUCGAGGUAAACUAAAGGAUAGUUCUGGGUACACUUUGGAUCAGACUGCACAAUUUGUCUUCUCUGGGGCAGGCUUGCUUUGCAAGAACGAAAACUGCAGCAAGCAAGCACAUGAGAACUCGAUCUACUGUAAGUUGCAUAGCGGUGUUAGCAAGGGCUGCAUGGUACGGGGUUGUACGAGAGGUGCGCAUGGAGGCACACCUUUGUGCAUUGGGCAUGGAGGUGGGAAACGGUGUGUGAUCCCUCAAUGCCCGAAUGCAGCAUGUGGUCAAGGCCGUAGUGACCGCUGUGUAAGGCAUGGCGGUGGUAAGAGAUGUAAAUUUGAAGGGUGUGCAAAGGGCGCACAAGGGAACACCGAUUAUUGCAUAAGACAUGGUGGGGGAAGGCGGUGCAAAUUUGAAGGAUGUACAAAGAGUGCACAAGGACGCACAGAUUUCUGUAUUAAGCAUGGUGGGGGCAGUCGGUGCAAGUUCCAAGGAUGUGGUACAAGUGCAAAAUGGGGAACGGAUUUCUGCUCUGUCCACAGGAAGAGUUUGUUGGGCGGUGACAGUGCCAUCCCUGAAGCUUUGCCUGCCCCGUCAGAAAAACGACGUCGUGCCAAGAAGCCUAAAAAGGCAGCGAAGCUGUCUGAGACCUCCCAAGAGAAUGUCACAACAGCAGCUAUUGCUGGUAACAGCACGCAACACAUGGGCGUUCUUCUCAUAGCUACCCCUGUUACUAACCAUGACAUGUUAACCAAGGGUGUGACAGUGGCGGCGCCAGCUGCAAUAGCGCCCACGCAGAUAGUGGCGCCACUUGCCAUCAAAUCACCAACACCAUCUGGAUCGGUGGCUGCAGGAGCAGAGAGGGAGGCGGGAGCAAGCAGGGAGAUGCUGGGUCUGUAGAAAGAUGGUGGCAGUGCAUAAUUUGGGAGGCUUGGAGACACCUGGCCAGAUAGCUCUCUAAUUAUUGCUUUUUAGACUGAGAAACCUCGAAACUUUAGGAAGGUUGCAAUUUGACAGGCUUGCACCGUCAACUGACUAGUUAUGUCCUGUGCCUUUCUCAUUUGUAAAUCUGUAAUGCGAAUCUCUAGUUGUUCUUGUGUAUGUUCUCUUGUGCCUUGUAACUUUGGACAAUAAGCAAUAAUAUUGUGUCAUUGCCUAGUUUCGCAGGUCCA